GCUGUGAGAAAAUAAAACCACGAAGAAGAGCAAACCCGGAAGUGUCUUUUCACAGCUGCAUGAGGUUGGCGGGCAACUGAAUAAAGAGUUUUACAACAUUUAUUUUUUCUGGAAGGACCGACAAAACUUCACAUAGACACAGUUCAAGAGACGUCUUUCACAGGAGAGAAAUCACCGGUUCCUGAGCCAUGCCGUCCAGUGUUGGACCCAGCAGCCCCACCGCGGCCAUCGCUGAAGCGCUGGAGAACUCCGCCCGUCUGAUCGACAGACACCUGCAGGAUGAUCGCUGCUUCCCCGACUUAUCUGAGCUCCUGAGCGUCCCCUCACACAACAUGGCCUCUCUGUCUGGUGUGUCAGACAUGGACUAUCCUCUACAGGGGCAGGGUUUGCUGAGUGUCCCCAACCUGCCGGAGCUCAGUGCUGUGCGCCGCAUUCCACUUCCUCCAGAACUGGUGGAGCAGUUCAGCCAUAUGCAGUGUAACUGUAUGAUGGGGGUUUUUCCUGAAAUUUCAAGAGCGUGGCUCACGAUCGACAACGACAUCUUUAUGUGGAAUUAUGAAGAUGGAGGAGAUGUUGCUUAUUUUGAUGGUCUUAUUGAAACAAUUUUAGCUGUGGGCCUCGUAAAACCAAAGCCAGGGAUUCUUCAGCCGCACAUUCACUAUCUGUUAGUGUUGGCCACGUCUGUUGAUGUCGUUAUCCUGGGGCUCAGUUUUCCCAAAGGUCAGGGCGGCUUGAACGACAGCAUGUCGGGAGGAAUGCAGUUGCUUCCGGAUCCACUCUUUUCAAUCCCCACCGAUAACAUUUAUAUGGUUUCCAUCACAUCCACUGACUUGGGACGGAUCUUUAUGGCAGGAAAAGAUGGCUGCCUUUAUGAGAUAGCGUACCAAGCAGAGGCAGGGUGGCUGACCCAGCGCUGUAGAAAAAUAAACCAUUCAAAGAGCACACUGUCCUUUCUCGUUCCCUCAGUGCUCCAGUUCUCCUUUUCUGAAGAUGAUCCUAUCCUACAGAUUGCAAUUGACAAUUCUCGAAAUGUUCUUUUUACUCGAUCUGAAAAAGGGGUUUUGCAGGUGUAUGACCUUGGAGCUGAUGGACAAGGUAUGAGUCGUGUGGCCACUAUGUCCCAGAAUGCCAUUGUAGCAGCAGCAGGGAAUAUCGCCAGAACAAUUGAUCGCUCAGUCUUCAAGCCAAUUGUUCAGAUUUCUGUGAUAACCAGAUCUGAGUCGUCAGACUGCCAUCUGCUGGCCGUUACACAUGCAGGUGUACGUCUAUAUUUCACUACAGCCCCAUUUGCCCCCGCGCUCCAAAAACACCUUCCAGUUCGUCCCAGUUUACUGUCUCUGGUCCACGUCCGACUUCCACCAGGAUUUUCUGCUUCUUCAACACUUCAGAAACCCUCAAAGGUUCACAAAGCUCUUCACAGCAAAGGUGUUUUGCUUAUGGCUGCUUCUGAAACAGAGGACAGUGAUAUUUUGUGGUGCAUCAACCACGACUCAUUUCCUUUCAAAAAACCACUUAUGGAGACUCAGAUGAUGUCUAAUGUUGAUGGUCAUUCCUGGGCUCUCUGUGCUUUAAAUGAAGAAAAACCAACCAAGAUUUGUACUCAUCUAAACAAAGAUCAAAUCCCCAUAACCGACGCCCCUGUGGUCGUUCAGCAGCACAACGUCCCACCUCAGAAGUUUGUCCUCCUUUCAGCCAAGGGAAGUCACAUUUUUCAGAAGCUGCGUCCAGUGGAUCAGCUGCGCCACCUGCUGGUGAGCUGUGCUGGAGGAGAAAGUGAGGACAUUGAGAGGUUCUUUAAGCUCCACAGGGAAGAGCAGGCUUGUGCCACGUCGCUGAUCCUGUCGUGCUCCACCGCUGCUUGUGAUCGAGAGGUUUCACAGUGGGCGACCAGAGCGUUCUUCAGAUACGGAGGAGAGGCACAGAUGAGGUUCCCUGCAGCCAUGACCAGUCCCAGCACCGUCGGGCCCCUGAUGAGCUCACCAGCACCAGGUAUUGUUCCUCCUCUAUUAGCCUCUCCAUUCACACCGAUGCCAUCGGGCACUGCCCCAAUGACCCCGAUGUCUGCUGGACCAGAGGUGAUAUUCUCAGGGAAACAUAACGGCAUCUGCAUCUAUUUCGCUCGUAUUCUUGGAAAUAUAUGGGAUGGAAGCCUUGCUGUUGAGAAAACGAUAAGCAACGGAAGCCAGAAUGUGACUAUUUUGGAGAGCAGUGUCAGUUCCUUCGAUCUGGAGGCGGUGCUUCUGGAGCUCUGUGGCCUGCGAGAAUUUCUCGACAGAAACUCUCAGUUUAAUCCAUCCUCUCUUGACGCCGUGAGCUCCCCAGCCAAUUUACAGCAGAGGCUGCUGGGAUUCAUGCGACCUGAUGGUGCCAACACUCAGCAGGUUCAGCAAGAGCUGCAGAGAAAAUACCACACCAAGGCUCAGCUCUAUGAGAAGGUUUCUCUUCAGGGCAUCCAGCAGCUGGUGCAUCGCUCCCAUCAGACACUGGCUCUCUGGAAGCUUCUGUGUGACCAUCAGUUUAGCCUCAUUAUGUCUGAGCUGCCCAAGGAUAUUCAGGAGCAAAUGAAGGGAGUGAGUUUUAAAGAUGUGGUGAUUCGAGGGAAAGGGCUGUCUGGAGCCCUCAUCACAGCCCUCAUUAACGUCUACAUUAAAGAUAAUGCCUCUGUGGAUGCUGUUAGCACACACCUGCGCGACCUCUGCCCUCUGCUGUACAGCGGCGACGACAGCAUCUGCUCCAAGGCAAAUGAGCUGCUCCAGAGUUCAAAACAGAUUCAGAGUAAAGCAGAAAAGGAGAGAACACUCAGGGAGUCUCUGCGGCUCUACCAACAGAUCAGCCAACACACAGACCUGUCUUUAGUCUGCUCCCAGUAUAGACACGUUCGUUUCUAUGAGGGUGUCCUGGAGUUGUGCCUCACAGCUGCAGAUAAGAAAGAUCCACAAAGACUCGGUCCUCACUUCUAUAAAAAUGGGGAGCCGGAGGACGACAAAGUGGGACAACAAGCCUUUCAGGAGAGACUUUUAUGCUACAAGUGCAUCACAGACACGAUGCAAGAGCUUGUGAACCAGAGCAAAGCAGCCCCACAGUCGCCCAGUGUGCCCAAGCAACCAGGACCCCCCGUCAUGACCUCUGACCCCAACAUGCUUAGUAAUGAAGAGGCUACAGCACAUUUUGAACAAAUGCUGGGACUGGCACAGAGGUCUCAAGAUGAAUUAUUUCACAUUGCUCUGUACAACUGGCUGAUUCAGGCUGAUCUGACUGACAAACUGCUCGAGGUGAAUUCUCCACACCUGGAGGAGCACCUGAUGCAUAUGAUUAAACAAGACCAGAGUAAAGUCCACAAUAUGGACCUCUUAUGGCGCUAUUAUGAAAAGAACCGGAAUUUUGGCAAAGCUUCUCACGUCCUGGCUCGCCUUGCGGACAUGCACAGUACCGAGAUCUCUCUGAAACAGCGUCUGGAGUAUAUUGCUCGAGCCAUUCUGUCUGCCAAGAGCGCCUCCUGCAUCUCUGCCCAGGCAGCCGACGGGGAGUUUCUGCACGAGCUGGAGGAGAAGAUGGAGCUUGUGCGAAUUCAAGUUCAGAUUCAAGAAACUCUCAUGAGACAGUACUCCCACCACCCCUCAGUGAAGACGGUCAUCUCUCAGCUGGACUCUGAGCUUAUGGAUAUCACCAAGCUCUAUGGGGAGUUUGCCGACCUCUACAAACUGUCCGAGUGCAAACUGGCUCUUAUUCACUGCGCGGGACAUUCUGACCCCAUCCUGGUUCAAUCCCUGUGGCUGGAAAUCAUGGAGAAAGAACUGGCAGACUCCGUGGCCAUGAGCCCCGCAGAUCGAAUGGGGUCCCUCAGUUUGAAGCUGAUCUCACUGGGAAGGAUGUACGCGGGAACGCCCAGAUAUUUUCCAUUAGAGUUCCUGGUGAAGUUUCUGGAGCAGGAAGUGUGUCGUCUUAACUGGGAUGUUGGUUUUGUCACGUCCACCAUGCUGGAGAUCGGGGUACAGCUGCCACGUCUCCUCGAAGUUUAUGACCAGCUCUUCAAAACACGAGAUCCCUGUUGGCAGCGUCUGAAAAAGCCUCUUCAUUUGGUCGAGUGUAUCCACGUCCUUUUGUCUGGAUACGUGGACGACCCGAGCAAAGUGCCGACUUACGACCGACGAAGGUUCACCAACGUGUGUCUGGACAACAUCUGCGGCUACUUAGUGGAGUUACAGUCUCUCAGCCCAAACUCAGCCCUUCAACACAUCAUCAGUAAUUUCAAAGCACUGCAGGCCAAGCUGGAGAAACUGCACUGACAGGUGACCCCCCCGACCCCUGACAGGUGACCCCCGCCCCCAUCGACCUUCAUUAAACCGACGCACAUGUAAAGUCUUCGUGUCAUCUGCAGAUAUUUGUUUCCCCCAGACACAGACUAUGGGAUUUGUCAACAGUUUUCUAACUUAUUUAAUACAAUUUGAUACCGGUCUAUUUGUAUUAUCUGCUAAAUGAUGCAAACCACGAUAGAUGUGUCUUGAAACAUAAAACGCUGUUCGUGUUUUCCACAGUUAUCAGAAGUAAACUGUUGCAGUGUUGAAAUUAUGUACAAAAUGUGGCCAAAACUUUAAAACAAACCUCUAGAUUUUGUCUUUUUAUUUUGCUUUUUCCUUAACAGUUUUAAAACUCAAUAUUUGUCCCUCAUAAAAAAACUUUUAUAAAGAAUUGAAGUUGUCCUGCUUUUGUAUAUAUUUGUGCUUUGAAAAAACUAUAAAACGUUUACAAAAUUAUUUACAGUGUGGCUUAAAUAAACGACAUGCUGUGACAUC